UGUUUGCCUGCAAGUGGAGACGCUUGCCCUUUGGAGUUCAUGGAGCUGGGAUUCCUGCUACUGGUUGGACUUACCGUUCUCUCGAGUACAGGCUUCUCGCUGCCCGUCUCUCGUCCCCUGCUGCUUCCCAGCGGCAGCAGCAACAGCAGUGGGCUGAGGUUUCCGGAGCUCCGGGAGAGAGUCAGCAAAGAAAGCGAGGAGACGGCAGGAGGGCUGCUCUCACCCAGCGGCAGCAACCUGGAGAGAGCGGCUGGCCCGGGGAAAGCACACCGCAGAUCCAAGCGCUGCACUUGCUACACCUUCAAGGAUAGGGAGUGUGUUUACUACUGCCACUUGGACAUCAUCUGGAUCAACACCCCAGAGAGGACCGUUCCUUAUGGGCUGGCUAAUUACAGGGGAAGUUUCAGGGGCAAAAGGUCUGCUGAGCAGCAUCGCAAGACUCUGCAUUCAUUAAAAUGGCCUCCGUUGCGCUGCUCUUGCGCAGACAGAUGUGACAAGCCGUGCAUGCAUUUUUGCACAAGGACCCAGAGUAGCCAAUGCCAUAAUAAAGAGGAACUGAAUAGCACAGCACAAACAGAGCACCAUCAAGAAAAGGAGUUCAUUCUCAGUCAGUAGCUCAGGAGGAUUUAGCUGCUUCUAAAUUAAGAGGUAUGAAGUCAAGAAGCUACUACCUAAGAUACGAAACUCACCCAAGGUGGACACAUGUGCCCAGAUUCAUAAAUGGAUUAUCUAGGACUAGGUGCUAACUUUUCUGAACUGAUGCCAUCUUGGAGGUGGAGAAUUCUUAUGCCUGGAGAACACUCAACUGUUCUGCAAUGAUCUGGCAAGACUCUUGUACAUCCUACAGAACAGGACGACUUCCAUCCAUUUUGAACAGAAACAAUUUUGCCAUUUAAAGGUCUGAACAACAACCCCCACUGCACAUGUUCAAGGGGUAAAACUUACUUACCUGGUCAUUGCAUGGGAUAGGGGGAAAAUACUGUUUCACCUACUUGCUUUUUACAUGCAUGUGAAUGUCCAGUUUUCUGUAGACAAUUCUCAUGAGAGAAAUCGGUACAUAAGGAAAGUGUCUGUAUUUGGUGUUGCCACUUUUAUAUUAAAAAUAAGUAAAUCCCCUUUUCCCUAAUGAUAUUCAAACAUGUUUUCAUAUUGUAAUUUCAGUGGCAUUUUUUAAAGUGACUAUCUAUGCAGAUAAAAUAUGAAUGGCUAAUAUUAAUAUCCUUAUAAAAUAUAGCAAGCUAACAGUAUACUGUGAGUAUUUCAUAGGCUAUUGGAUUUAGGCACCAAUUAUUUCUGCACUGAACUGGAAUUUUAAAAGAGAUCUACAGGAUAGAUGCGAAGAGAGACAUAUUGGUGAACAGAGAGCUAGUUUAUCCGUCCAACUCCCCAUCUCUGAAAAUUCAAAAUAUUAAAAAUAUAUUUGCUAAGCUAAGGCAGUUCAUUUCAAAGCCAUAUCGUAGUCCUUACUUUGAACUGCAAGAAGGGAUGGUUGGGAAGACACAAGGGUGAGGCCAAUGAAAUGCCAUUAUGAAAGCUUACUCUUGAGGAACAGGCAAUGCAGCUGGAUUUCGACACAGCCAAAGAAAAUGACCCGGAUUGGACCUUUUGAAUGAAUCGGGGAGAUAUUUGACUUGAGAAGAUGUCAGAACAACAUUCAAAGAGAACGAGGAAAAGCAAAUUCAUUAUUGGUAGUCAGGAACAUUUCAAAGGAUACUUUGAUUAAAAUGGUAAGAUUUUUCUAUAGAAGUUUUAUAUUUUACACUUAAGACUGUAAACUGAACACAUGAACUCUUGGGCUCACUGCAAAAUAACAACAGAAACAAGACAAGCAAGCCCAAACCAGCUAUAUCAAAUUUGCAAAGAGAUAAUGGACAUUGUUUUAAGCAAGAAAGGAAGAGAUCUUUUGUCAAAAAAUAUUAUAUAUAUAUAUAUGAAUAUAUUACCUAAAUAAAUUAUUCUACCUAUAAAAAGUAAAAUAUCUCUCCAGUAUCACAUUUAUACUCGUUUUCCAUUUUUCUGUCAUGAAUUUGUGCAUUUUAUAGAGAUGUAAAGUAUUUAUUGUACUGAAAA